AUGUUUGUGCGCACUCAGGACAUCAGGCGGUUCUUUGCACCGUCUGUGGUGAACAAACCAAAAGGAAACAACAAAACAGAGGAGGAGAAGAAGAGCCUGUCCUCUCCUGAUGAAGAAGGGAAAAAGAAAAAGAAGGAGACAGCCAAGGUCAAAAGCUCCAAACAAGAGGAGAAACGCAAAGACAGCGAGAAGAAAAGAAAGAAGCACGCCGUCAUAGAAUCAGACUCAGACUCAGACCCGCCAGUGAGGAAGUCGAGCAAAUCCCCUAAGGAGAAAAAGUCGUCAACCAAGACAACUCCCCCUCCCAAAAAGGAUCCUGUGCAGUAUGUCUCUGAGUCAGACUCGGACAGCGACAACUUUCAGUCGUUGAAGAAGGUCUCGAAAGCCAAGCAGAAUGGCUCAUCUAAACAAACAAAGUCCGACAGUUCCAGUCCAGGAUCCAAACCGGGGCUGAAGUCUCCUGUCAGGUCUUCCUCCACUCGGGGGAAAACUGCUGUGAAGUCUGUUGCUGUGCCCGUCACCCCCAAGUCAGCCCCGCCUCCUCCACCCAAACGCACCCCCACCUCAGUCCUCGACUUCUUCGGCAGUGGGACUGUUCAGCGCUCGGAAAAGAAGCUUGUGGCCAGUACCAAACGAAAGGCUCCCACUCAGGACUCUGAAGAUCUGCUGACUGACGAGCAAAUCGCCAGAGAGCUGCAGAUGGACGAGGACAUGGAGCUGGAAAAGCAGGUCCAUGAGGACGAGGAGUUUGCCAGAACGCUGGCCAUGCUGGACGAGGAGCCUCAAGCUAAGAAGGCUCGCAAAGCCUCUGAUGAGAAAACAGCAACUACUCCCAGCCCGUCAAAGGCCAAACUAAAGGGAAGUGUGUGUGAGGAUGUGAUCAGUCCGACUCCAGAGAAGAAGCCCUCGCCUGCCAAAGCCAGCUCCAAACUGGCCAUGAUGAAGAAAAAGGCUGAAGAGAGAGGGGAAGCUUCAAAGGGCAAAACACUAAUUUCACCCUCGAAAAUAAAAAUCUCUCCCAAGAAGGAGCCCAUCGCCUCGUGCAGCUCGAACAUGAAGUUCACACCCAAAGCAGGAACCACGCCCACCUCGAUUAAAACUUCUCCCAAGAAACCAGAGAGCACAACUACAAGUCCUGAUGACCCCGAGAAGAAAAAGGGCAACGCCGCCGCUUUCAGGAACUUCCUCAACAGAGAUGGACCGCGAGCUCUGGGCUCAAAGGAAAUCCCACAGGGUGCUGAGAACUGUUUGGAGGGCUGCGUGUUUGUGCUGACGGGGGUCAUGGAGUCCAUGGAGAGGGACGAUGCCAAAACCCUCAUCGAACGCUACGGAGGGAAGGUGACGGGCAACGUCAGCAAGAGGACCACCUACAUGGUGCAGGGCAGAGACAGCGGAGUGUCCAAGAUCGAGAAGGCGGAGAGUUUGGGCACUAAAAUCCUGGAUGAGGAUGGUCUGUUGGAGCUGAUCAGAACCAAACCAGGAAAGAAGUCCAAGUAUGAGAUCGCUGCAGAGUCUGAGAGUAAAGCCUCAAAGACCAGGACUCCCCCGGGCAACAGCACAAAGAACACCCCCAAAGCCCAGAAGAUCUCCCCCUCUAAGGGUAACUCCCGGUCCCCUCACACCCCGAGCCCGUCGAAGACCGGCCUGGCACAGGGACACGUUUCCAGGAACAAAGAUGUUGGCACGCCAUCUGGGAGAGGAUCGGGUCACACCGCCAGGAGGGAGCUGGGCCUGUCCACCUCCUCGUCUUCAGAGUCUUCCACUGGGGAGGGGGCCAGUCUGCUGUGGGUGGACAAGUACCGGCCACGCUCUCUGAAGACUGUGAUUGGCCAGCAGGGAGACCAGAGCUGUGCCAACAAGCUGCUCCGCUGGCUGAAGAACUGGUACAAACACCACGGCGGGGGCUCUGCCAAACCAGCAGCGGCGAGGUUUGGUAAGUUUGGAGGAGGGAGAGACGAUGGAUCGGGAUCCAAAGCGGCUCUGCUCUCUGGACCUCCAGGUGUGGGGAAGACCACCACAGCCGCCCUGGUCUGUGAGGAGCUGGGUUUCAGCUACGUAGAGAUGAACGCCAGCUGUACCCGCAGCAAAAGAAACCUGAAGGAAGUCGUAGCGGAGUCACUGAACAACACCAGCAUCGAGGGCUUCUACAAAGGUACGUCUCAGACUGUGACAAGUCAACACGUCCUGAUCAUGGAUGAGGUCGAUGGUAUGGCUGGUAACGAGGACCGUGGAGGAAUCCAGGAGAUGAUCGGCCUGAUCAAAAAUUCAAAGAUCCCCAUCAUCUGCAUGUGUAACGAUCGUAACCACCAAAAGAUCCGGUCGCUGGCCAACUACUGCUUUGACCUGCGCUUCCAGAGGCCGAAGGUGGAGCAGAUCAAGGGCGCUAUGAUGUCCCUCGCUUUCAAGGAGGGAAUCAAGAUCCCGCCCCCAGCUCUGAAUGAAAUGAUUUUGGCCUCCAAUCAGGAUGUCCGACAGGUGAUCCACAACCUGAGCAUGUGGUCAGCCAGAGACAAGGUGAUGACGUACGACCAGUGCAAGUCGGACGCAGCAAGAGCCCGCAAGGACAUGAAGAUGGGUCCGUUUGACGUCUGUCGGAAGGUGUUUGCCGCGGGCGAGGAGACUGCCCACAUGAGCCUCAUCGACAAGUCGGAUCUCUUCUUUCACGACUACUCGCUCGCGCCGCUCUUUGUCCAAGAGAACUACCUGCAUGUUCGGCCCAAAGCUGCCGGUGGCGAUCUGAAGUCUCACCUGGUGUUGCUCAGUAAGACGGCUGACUCCAUCUCAGACGGAGAUCUGGUGGACAGACGGAUCCGCUCGGCGCAGAACUGGUCCCUGUUGCCCACCCAGGCCGUCUAUGCCAGCGUGCUACCAGGUGAGCUCAUGAGAGGCUACAUGAGUCAGUUCCCCACUUUCCCCAGCUGGCUCGGCAAGUACUCGUCCACCAGUAAACAUUCCCGCAUCGUCCAGGAGCUGUCCUCGCACAUGGGUCUCAAGACGCUGAGCAGCAGACAGGCGGUGAAUCUGGACUACCUGCACUACCUGCGGCAGGCGCUGCUGAGCCCACUUCAGAAGAAAGGAGCAGAUGGCGCCAGUGAGGCCGUGCAGCUGCUGGACGACUACCAGCUCAUCAGAGAGGACGUGGACAGCAUCAUGGAGAUCAGCGUGUGGGGCGGACAAGCUGAUCCCUACUCCAAACUGGACCCCAAGGUGAAAGCAGCAUUCACACGAGCCUACAACAAAGAGGUCCACCUCACACCGUACUCCCUGCAAGUAGUGAAGAAAGGUCGUGGUGGCGGCGGCGGCGGCGGGGGAGAGUCAGAGUUUGGAGGAGACAACGGGGACAACGAGGUGCAGGAGUCUGAGGACGAGGGGGAGGGCGUCAAACUGGACGCCAUGAUCAAACAGAAGAAGGCUAAAGCUACCAAGGUGACGAAGAAGGAGACGAAUAAGGAUGAUUCUGGGAAGGGCAAAGGCAAGGGGAAAGGCAAGGCAAAGAAAUAACAAGACGACCAGAGGAGGAAAGCUAACUGUCCCUGUCUGCCUUCUUCUACCCUCACAGACUGUCUUUUUUUUUUUUUUUUUCUUUCUGACUUUCUCUUACAACGAUCCUUUAGCGAGCGUCACAGAUGAGUGAGUCUGGUCUUAAAUACUGCAGGUAACUGAUCCAAGCACUUAAACCUCCCCAAACUGCUGAGAAACGUCUUUUGAAACCUCCGGUCAUGUUUCCAUCGGAGCGUUUCUAGACUGAACAAGUGAUGCAUACUAUCUGCUUUGUGACCUCCACUAUCAUGUCCACACGCCUCCUGCAGUAACACCAGUGUCCACAGGAAUGACCUGCGUUUGUUCCAUCAUCAGAUUGUAAAUAAUGGGACUGAUGUCUAAGACUGUUACCUUUUGCUACAACUACUACACAGAAAUGCUUUAGAUCUGUAUCGGUUAGCACUGAUGUUCCUGUAUAUUGCAAUUUUGUAUAAAUUUCAUGAGGAGUAAACAAA